AUGGUCGCAUGUGCCCGCUGCCAUCGGAAUCAAGCGCUGAAAUACCCAGCAGAGGUCUCUCUGUGUCUCUCUGGACACCAUCCCUGCGAUCCAGCGCAACGCCCAAACCAUCCAGCAGUGAGCAACCUAGCAGCAUGGCAAGUUGACCAGGAACAGCCCAUUGAUUUCAGCUGCAGAUACCUCAUAACUCCUUCGUAA